ACGGGUUAAAGGCCAAAAGUGAUAACAGAGAAAGUAGUGCAGAGCAGAGACAGUGCAACUGCUUUUUGCUCAUCAUGGGUUCACAUGCUGCAGCUCUGAUCUUCUGCUCCCUGAUAUGCUCAGUGGCAGCUCAGGCUCCAGUCGUUACCGUGGAGCCUCGGACCGCAAUCAUCCGCCAGGGAGAGUCUGUCAGCUACAGGUGCCAGGUGAAGAGCAAUGUCCAACCGGUUCAGCUGGAGUGGAGAAGAGCCAAUAAUCAGGCCUUGCCAGACAAUAUAAAGAUUGGUCCAGAUGGGUCUGUGCUGACGGUUGCAAACGCUCAACCUGGAAACCACGGCCAGUACCGCUGUGUGGCCAUCAGCGCCGCUGGACGCAGCUUUGCCAACGCUGUGCUGAAUGUCAAAUAUCCUUCUAAAGUGCAGCUGACACCAGCAGGACCCCUGCACAUCAGGACAGGAGAGUCUGUGGCCGUGGAGUGUCGUGUCACCGGUAGGCCACGCCCCACGGUCACCUGGAAACGCAGAGGCUCCACCCUUCAGCUGGUAACCCAGGAGAUAAACGACGCCCACAUUAUAAAGUGGCCUUCCGUGCGCCCAGAGGACUCCGGAGUGUACGUCUGCCAGGCUGACAACAAUGUGGGGAAAUCCGAGGCAGAGGUCGAGCUCGUGGUGGUGGGUCCACCUGGAACACCAGUGGCUUCGGUUAACAUCGAAGAGAUGACAGCAAUCGAGGGACAAACAGUCACCUUUGAGUGCAAGGCGACAGGCUCCCCUGCCCCUGUCAUCACCUGGUCCAAGCUUAGAGCACCACUGCCAUGGAGGCACACGGUAGCUAAUGGCGUCCUGACGCUGACCGAAGUGGGGCGCCAAGACUCGGGACAAUACAUCUGCAACGCGACCAACAUCCACGGCUACAGCGAGGCGUACACUGACAUGGAGGUGGACACUCCUCCGUACGCCACCUGCCUGCCCGACCAGGUACGGCUCCAGCCUGGAAGCGCUCUGGUCUUACAGUGCCUCGCCCACGGCUCUCACCCAAUCCAGUUCACCUGGAGCCGCGUGGGAAGGGGCAGUCUGCCGGCCGGAGCAGAAACCACCCGGGAGGGGAAGCUGAUGAUAGCCGGUGUUAAACAGAGCGACGGAGGAACGUAUAAAUGUGUGGCCACCAACCACGUUGGUUCGAGCGAGGCCGUGGCGAAAGUCAUCAUCAAAGCCUGAGUGAGCGUGGAGCGACAAGUGGCAUAAAAAUUGCCUGCAGCAAAGAUUCUAUUUAAUGUAUCCAUGUAUUGUGGAGAAUAAAAGCCAAGAUUUGUUUUGUAAUCCUCACCAAACA